CACAUGAUGCUGGUGCACCACUUGUUACUCACAAUGGUGGCACAUUUGACUCAGGGAUCUCUGAAGCAGAAACAGCACCGGCAGUAGCCAGUUAUGACUUGGACACUACCAGAUCUAUUUUGCCAGAAGGUACACUUUCUGAAAGGGCUGCCAUAUUGCCACCACCCUCAUACUCUGAGUAUCUAAGUGAAAUUGCCACCAAUCCACCACUGAUUCCUGACCGAGAGCUGAAGAAAAAAUUGGUAAUUAGUGAUAUAAAUGUCCCUCCUAUACCCGCUCAAAUACCUGCCGUUGACCGCACCAAGAAACCAUACCAUGAUCACCACAUGAGCUUGGGCGAGUUUGGUGGAAUGAAAGCCGGCCAGCUUAGAACUGUAAUAGUUCCAUCAUCGCUAAUGUCAAAUUUUCUGUCCGUGGCAGCAUUGAAUACUUCCAGGGAGGCAGAAACCAUGGGUAUUCUUUUUGGAAAAUUGUCACAAGGGAAGUUUAUAAUCACAAAUUUGUUCAUACCACAACAAAAAGGCGGUCAUGACAGUUGUGAUAUGGAGAAUGAAGAGGAGCUAAUAGUUUACCAGGACGAACAAAACCUAAUCACAUUAGGCUGGAUUCAUACACAUCCAACGCAGACUGCUUUCCUUUCCAGUGUUGAUCUCCAUUCUCAUUUUCCCUGGCAAAAGAUGAUGCCUGAAGCCAUUGCUAUUGUCUGUUCUCCAAAAUAUGAUGAAACUGGAAUAUUCACACUGACGGAUCACGGGCUGGAUGUCAUUGGUUCUUGUAAACAAAAGGGUUUCCAUCCACACAGCAAAGAACCCCCUCUGUUUGAGACUUGUGGACACGUGACGAUUUCAGAAGGGGAGCCUUUAGUUGUUGAAAAUAAAUUGAAGCAUUAG